AUUUUCUGACAUUCUUUUGCAGAGCAGAGAGGCAGUGAGCUCAGCUGCAGGGAGACAGAGUAUAAAUCCAGCUCAGAUACUCACCAGGAAAAGCUGGGACAGAAGAAGAAGUUGUUUCUUUUUUCAUGUCUCCUGUGAGCUUUUAAAAGUGGAGGAUCCUGAGUUCGUUCCAAAUCUGCCUGGAAAUCACCUGGAAAGCUUGUACUUUCUAACAACGGGUUACUGGAGAAGCAUCCUCCUGUUCUUCCUCUCUACAUGUCCCUUACUGGUGACAGAUUCCAAACUUCUGACUGCUUAAAUCCAGAGUUUGGAAGUUCCAGAUUAUAGAGUUGCAACAGCAUACAAAGAGACCCUGGCUCCUGUAAAGAUGGCUGACGUGGUGCAGCCAGACGCCAACAGCUUGCAGAUACCCAGUGAUCAUUUUUCGGCCCCUUCGUCGCCUGCCACAGCUAGAAAUGACUGCAGCAUCACACCACUCACACCCUCACCCUCGCCGAGGGUGGAGGUCAGACCCAGGAUGGCCUGUCCAUUCUCUGUUGUUGUGGCGAUAGACUUCGGGACGACUUCAAGUGGCUACGCUUUCAGCUUCACGCAGGACUCAGAGGCCAUACACAUGAUGAAGCGGUGGGAGGGCGGUGACCCUGGGGUGGCCAAUCAGAAGAGCCCAACAUGUCUACUGUUGACUCCAGAAUUGAGAUUCCAUAGUUUUGGGUUUGCUGCCCGGGAUUUCUACCAUGACCUGGAUCCAGAGGAGGCCCGGCAUUGGCUCUACUUUGAUAAGUUCAAGAUGAAGAUUCACAGUACAAGUGACCUCACUAUGGAGACAGAGCUGGAGGCAGUCAACGGUCGCAGAGUCAGGGCCAUCAAGGUUUUUGCUCAUGCCCUGCACUUCUUCAGGGAACAUGCUCUGAAGGAGGUGAAAGACCAGUCAUCAUCAGUGCUGGAGGGAGAUGAGAUCAGAUGGGUAAUUACUGUCCCAGCUGUGUGGAGACAACCUGCCAAACAGUUCAUGAGAGAGGCUGCAUACCUGGCUGGUCUGGUGUCCUCAGACUGUCCCGAGCAGCUUCUCAUCGCUCUGGAACCUGAAGCUGCAUCCAUUUACUGCCGUAAGCUCCGCCUCCAUCAGGUGAUUGACCUGAGCUCUCAGCCAUUCACAAAUGGUCUUGAUGUGGAAGGCUCCAGACCCUUUGACUCCAGCUUCAGACAAGCUCGGGAGCAAUUGAGGCGAUCCAGACACAGCAGGACCUUCAUGGUGGAGAGUGGAACUGGAGAGCUGUGGUCAGAGCUACAGACUGGUGACAGGUACAUUGUUGCUGACUGUGGAGGAGGAACAGUUGACCUGACGGUCCAUCAGAUUGAGCAGCCACAGGGAACGCUUAAAGAGCUCUACAAGGCCUCGGGUGGUCCACAUGGUGCUGUCGGUGUUGAUUUGGCCUUCAAAGCCAUGCUGUGUCAGAUCUUUGGCGAGGACUUUGUUCAGAGCUUUAAAGCCAAGCGUCCCGCAGCCUGGGUGGACCUCACCAUCGCAUUUGAGGCGAGGAAACGGACAGCGGCACCAGGCAGGGCCAACGCCCUCAACAUCUCCCUGCCCUUCUCUUUCAUCGACUUCUACAAGAGACACAGAGGGCAGAGUGUGGAGGCUGCCCUCAGGAGGAGCAAUAUGAACAUAGUGAAGUGGUCAUCCCAGGGCAUGCUGCGACUGACACAAGAAGCCAUGAAUGAGCUUUUCCAGCCCACCAUCACCAAUAUUGUCAAACACAUUGAGGAACUAAUAGCAAAGCCAGAGGUGCAUGGUGUGCGUUUCCUUUUCCUGGUCGGAGGUUUUGCAGAGUCCCCCAUGCUGCAGAAAGCAGUCCAGAAAGCUCUGGGGCGGACAUGUCGCAUUAUCAUCCCUCACGAUGUUGGACUGACAAUACUAAAGGGUGCUGUGCUGUUUGGACUGGAUCCCACUGUGGUCAGAGUGCGUCGAUGUCCUCUCACUUAUGGAGUUGGAGUCUUGAACCGCUUCCUUGAGGGGCGCCACCCUCGUGACAAACUUCUAAUCAAGGAUGGUCGUGAGUGGUGCACCGACAUCCUGGACCGCUUUGUCUCUGUUGACCAGUCUGUGGCUCUUGGUGAAGUUGUGAGGCGUAGUUACACACCCGCUCGUGUGGGCCAGCGUAAGAUCAUCAUCAACAUCUACUGCAGCGCCACAGACGACAUCAUAUACAUCUCAGACCCCGGAGUCAGGAAGUGCGGGACAAUUACUUUAGACUUACCAGAACCAUUACCACUACCAGGAGCAGUGGGUGGAGCAGGCGGAGGAGGGGUCCCUGAGAGAAGAGAAAUCAGAGCGACCAUGCAGUUUGGAGACACUGAGAUCAAAGUCACAGCUGUUGACGUCAUGUCUAACCGCACAGUCCGGGCCUCCAUAGACUUCCUGUCUAACUGAGGAGGAGCAGGAAGUGAACAUUUGGACUUGAAAACACAGAAAUAAUUGAUUUCAAGGGAUGACAAUCAGAAGAAAAAAGCGGUACUUUGGGAGUGGGACGUUUAUUUUGGAACUAACAGGACUUCACAUCCUGAAAACCAGACAUGUAUGCUGUACUUGUACUCAUUAGAGUAGAAACAAUCAAGGGUAACUUUGAAACUCUUAAACCUGGUUCUCACUUUACCUAGUAUCUCCUCAACUGAAGCGUAGGGAAUGGGCCAAGACUUUCCAUCCAAAGAAAUGCACAGACACCUGUAUAAACUCUCUGAUAGUAUACAAUCAGGAGGCUAAAAAAGACACAAUCAAUCAAUCAACCUUUAUUUGUAUAGCGCCAAAUCACAAUAAACGUUAUCUCAAGACGAUUUCACAAACAUAGCAGGUCUAGACCGUACUCUAUGUUAACUUAUUAACAAAGACUCAACUUCAAGACAGGAUUCGAUCCAGUCCCCUCUUACUGACAGGACUUGAUUUUAUCUCAUCUUAAUACACCAUGAGCAUUGCACCUCGCAGUAUUUAUCUAGUUACAGUGGCAAGGAAAAACUUCCUUUUAACAGGCAGAAACCCCGAGCAGAACCAGACUCAUGUUAGACAGACAUCUGCCUCGACCAAGUUGGGGUUGAAAAGAGGGAUAGAGGAGAAUAAGAGAGAGAGAGAUGAUAGUGAUGAGACAGAUAGUAGUAGUAGUUGUAGUAGCUGUUGCCGCUGGAGUCCGUAGCAGCUUGAGUCUGGAACGUCCACAGCAGCAGGACGUCUACGGCCGCUCAGAGGAACCUGCGAGAAAAGGGAGCUCAGUGACUCCAGAAAGGUCUAUGGUUAGUUCCUUUAAUGGGACAGGGAGAAUUCAAGUAAAUGAUUGGGGGAGACAGGAUCCCAGUGUGUCGGGGAGACAGCAUCCAGUGUGUCAGUGUGCCAGUUCCCCCGGCAGUCUAAGCCUAUAGGAGCAUAACUAAGAGCUGGUCCAAGCCUGAGUCAGCUCUAACUAUAAGCUUUAUCAAAAAGGAAAGUUUUAAGCCUAAUCUUAAAAGUAGAGAAGGUGUCUGCCUCCUGGACCCCGACUGGUAGAUUAUUCCAAAGGAGAUCAUCAUCAUGCCUUAUACUACCUAGAGUGUAAAUCACUCAUUUUAAUUUCCAGACUGUUGCUUGUUCCCUCAUGUAAGGAUUCACACAGGAAUAUCUCACUAAUUCUGUUAUACCUCAUUUUAAUCUUACGUCACUUCUCCAUGUAUGAGACUUUAAUAUGACUAACUGGAAUGCAGCUUCAUUUCUCUAAUGUGAAUAUGACUGUGCUUUAUCUAAUAGUGAAAAGCCUUAACUUAAUAGCAGCUUUCAGGAUGCAUCAAAUGCAUCCAAGUGUUGUGUGUUAGGAAUGAUUUGUGUUCCUCCCAUUGCAAAUCUUCAUCUUCAUCAGACUGUCAACUGUCUUUAAAGCCAGAAACGGGCCUUCUACCCAUUGGAACAAUAAGAAAUACAGCCCAUGUGGAGAUAAAGAUGGAGUACAAAGAAAAGCUACAAAAUAAAGGAAGGGCAUUAACUUGUAAACUGUAAUAAACUGUAUGAAUGUCUGCUUCAUUAAGUAAAAAAUGUUCAAAAGCUACA